UUUAACUGUAGUACAGUGACAACUGCAAAUUUGUGAUGCCGUCCACUUUGGGCCAAGAUUUCAGAUGCACCAGAGCACUUUCAAGCCUGUUCUCACUCAUGUCCCUCUGCCUCCACAGCUGCGAUGGGAAAAAGAGCUGUACUAACAAGGUGGAGGAAAGACAGUUCUUGACCAAGCAUGAAUAAAUACAGGUGUGAGUGAGUCCCAGCCACCAUCAGUCUCACUGUUCACCUACGACGGGAUCCUCUAAAGCCAUGCUCGCCUUCAGACUCAGCACCACACUGUUGCUGGCAACAACAUGUUUACUCAUGAAAGCAGUUUCCACGGAGAGAGUUAUCACCUGUGACGACAGCCACAAUGUCCAACGCCUGAGCUGUGCAGAUAUCGGAGUGAUCAGUGUGCAGGCAGCACUGUACGGACGUGCAGAUAGUGAGACCUGCAGUGACCGCAGACCUCAGGAGCAGCUCGCCAACAUAGAGUGCUCUCAAAAGGGCACAGUGGACGUCCUCAAGAGGAGGUGUGAUGGCAAGAGGGAGUGUGUGAUAAACACAAAUGUUGUUCGUACCUCUGAUCCCUGCUAUGGGAUCUACAAAUAUCUGGAGACCAACUACACCUGCUUCCCAGCAAUUCAGGUCGUUACAUGUGAGCACUCUGUGGCACAUUUGUAUUGUGAUGACGGGCAGGUUAUAUUUGUCUACGGAGCUGACUAUGGACGCCGUGACCAGACUACCUGCUCUUACCGACGGCCUGUCUCUCAGACUGAAAAUGUGUACUGCUCGGACCCCACUAGUAAAGUUGCCAACAGCUGCAAUGGGAAAAACAGCUGUACUAUCAGAGUAAGCAACUCGGUGUUUGGUGACCCCUGCGUGGGCACUCACAAGUACCUGGAGGUGGCUUACGUGUGUAUAUAUCCUGAGGUCAUUCCACAGCAGCUUGUGUAUACAGACUGA